AUUUAAAUUACCUUCCUACCGUGAGGUCAGUUGUGCACAUUAUCAGUGAUAUAAGAGAGCGGUCGUGACCGGGAGCAAACAUUAAAUCCCUUCAUCAUACAGUGACAAGAUGAUUGUCAUUCUUAUACCGUUCUUUUUAGUCGCACAAAUACCAGUCGAAGAAAGUGCCUGGAAAUAUGGACCCGAAUAUACAUUUGAAGUGGCUGUAAAUUUGUCGGCUACUGUUGAGAAAAGCAUGGAAUUAGUGAAGUCCCAUACAAUAAAUACUCUUCUAGUUUGUCGACCAAAAAAUUCAGACGCCUUAAGUUGUCAUCUUCAAGUUCCCGAAACUUGUAAAACAACCAAUGAAAAGGAGCUUAAUAAAAUUAAUUGCACCAGUUUCAAUCCAGAUGAAUUUGAAAUUAAAUUUAAUAAAUCUGGUGUUGAAAGUUUACUGGUACAAAAAAAUAUAUCAAACUUACAUUUAAAUAUUAUCAAGGAAUUAGCAAAUCAGUUGAGCAUUGGCGCAAAUCUUUAUGAGAAAUUAAAUGAAAAGAAUUUUGAGGCAAAAGAAAAUUUAACAAUUGGAGAAUGUAAAGUUAAUUUUAAAAUCAAUCAUGCUCCAAGGGAGCAGAAUUCACGUAAAGACGUUUCAUUUAAAUUGGAUAUUUUACCGUUUCCCGAUAAAAUUUCCAAAGACAAUCUUGAAAUUGAAAAGUCGAGAAAUUUAAAGGAUUGCACGAAUUUUGUUAAUUAUGUGUGGGGAAAUUACGGUACUGGAAAUGAAAGUUUGCUUGCACCUGGAAUUGACACACAACUCGAUUCAGUGACGACUCGAAUGAAUGUAACCGACACAAGUUUUUCAUCAUGCACCCACACUGAAGCCGUAAAGUAUCUUGGAGCAGUUGCAAAAAGGACUAAACUUACGAUAAAAACAAAUGUUACUCUUAAAAAUAUUGAAGCUGCUAAGGAUAAGUUACCAGUUAUUUCAAAUCCUGGAACGACGCCAAUAUUCGUUAAAAUCAAUGUCCAAGAGCUCAAAACAAACCAAUAAAUGUUUAAGUCUGAUAAAAAAAAUAAUGGUGAUACAUUAAAAAAAAGAAAUAUCCUAAUUCUGGUAAUUUCGAAGGAUGUUUUGUAAUUUGUACAUUAGUUAGAAAAUAAGUUAUCGAAGAAUAUUAUUUCGCUAAUUUUUGUGAUUUAAACGAUGUUUCUGGGUUUAUCCUGGUCACAAAUAAAAAUCAUUAAAAAAAUA